CUAGCCGACCACACUCCGGUCUUCGUCUUCCCCACAUCCCACCUGCUCUCAAAUACUGAAGAAUGUCUGUCGCUCAUGGUAUACGAUCGUUAGGGGUGCUCGGUGCUGGUCAAAUGGGCCUAGGCAUUGCUUUUGUUGCCGCUCUUCGCGGCAAGGUCCCCGUUCUAGUCCAUGACCGUUCUCCGGAACAGGUGACCAAGGGUCUAGCACUUAUGGACAAACUGCUGGCCAAGGACGUGUCGAAGGGCCGCAUCACCUCUGAGGCUGCAAAAGAAGCUCGGGACCGCGUCUCUGUCAUUGGCGCCGAGACAGGGCUGAAGGGUUUGCGUGACGUCGACAUGGUUGUUGAGGCUGUAUCGGAGUCGCUUCCUCUCAAGGAGGCCAUCUUUGCCUCCUUCGCUGCGGAACUUAGGCCCGAUGCGAUCCUCGCCUCGAACACGAGCUCUAUCAGCAUCACUAAAAUUGCUGCGGCUGCCAUUCCCAAAGGUGUCAGCGCAGCGAGCGAGGAGGGAAAGGCCAGUGCUGGCAGAGUGGUCGGCUUGCAUUUCUUCAACCCCGUCCCCGUAAUGAAACUUGUUGAACUGAUAUCGGGUCUUCAGACCCAUCCAGAGACUCUCGAUCGGGCUCGGAGUUUCGCGAUAGCCUGCGGAAAAGAGGUCACCACGUCCAAAGACGUCCCUGGCUUCGUCUCCAAUGCUCUCUUGAUGCCUUUCAUCAAUGAAGCAAUUAUGUGCCUCGAAAAGGGCACUGCAACCCGUGACGAUAUCGACACCACGCUAAAGCUCGGAAUGAAUCAUCCCAUGGGUCCAUUACAAUUAGCUUGAGCUAGCAUCGGCCUCGACACCUGUCUUGCCAUUCAACAGACGUUGUACGAAGGCACCCGCGACUCCAAAUACCGACCGAGCAUUCUACUAGAGCGGAUGGUCGAUGCCCAAUGGUAUGGCAAGAAGAACGGGAAGGGGUUCUACGAGUACAAAGAUUAGAGCAGAGAUAUACAUCAUUACGUAGCGGCGGGCUCUAGUUGUCGGGCAUCCCACUAUGCUUUGGGCUCCGGAGGGCGUUCUGAAUCGUCUUGGAUAUCAAAUCUCUGCGUUGGCGGUGGGACGAGAUCGACGUGAGGCAGUUGCAACGGGGUUCCCUCAAACUCAGCCCAUCCUCCCCGAAGGCCGAAAUCGACUAUGCGCUCCGUGAUGCGCGUUAGUUCGUCAUGCCUAACAGCCGAAAGUCUGAGCAAACAUAGAGACAACAGCUCGCCUCGUACCGUUGUUCCAGCCCGCGCAUUCGCUCAUCCAUUCCUUCCGUCAAUUCGGUCACGCGCGUUGUGAGUUCUUGAACCUUGGAACCCAAAUCCUCAAGCUGCUCAUCGACCACGUCUCGUCUCUUCGAUUGACUGCGACUCGAUCUCCAUGUUUCUCCCAAUAUCAGUCCCGCCGCGACUGAGAAAAGGAAUCCUUCCGCCAAUGCGUUGGCGCCGUUUUCGAUUGCACUGAGAAAGAAUGAGCAGGGACAAGACACAAGACGGAAAGAAUGCCGGACCGGGUCUCUGAGAGAGGGCGGAUGUGUUUCGCGGGCUCACCGAGGAUGUUCGUGCGCAAACGGACUUCCGUUCGAUACAUCAUCUGAGCGAGGUUGAUGCAAACACCCCGAAAGCGCUCGUGUCUGCAACAGUUGGAUACUUGGUUAUUAGAAUUGGAAGGAAUCCAUACUGCUGUGCUUGUUGCUUCAGUCUCAAGCUAAUGGGCUUGGCGAUUGUCUCUCAAAAGACGCGAAUCAGAAAGAGUCGAGAGGCCCGCACGAGCAAAGAACUCACCCGAAUUAGAAGCGUGGCAAUUUUUGCGGACGCCAUAUUGUAGUUAGUCCCGAGCGUCUAGGUCGCGUAAGUUGAGAGGAGAUGAGUGUUGUGAAGUGAGUACAGGUCUGGAGAGCACCCAGGGUUCAUCGCCGCUGCGGCGCGUCCUCCCGGCAGAUAUUCCGGAAUUGAUUGGCAGGUGUGAUGGACUGAUGCGGCACGGGUGCAAAUUGCAAUAACGCGCGCCUCACUGAAAGACCAAGCGCAAUCAUAACAUACAUUGCUGAUAUACUGACGCGGCACAGAGUUGCCCUGUGGCCUGAACUACUCCGCAGCCCUAAUGGAGAUCACGCACUCCAUGACUCGGCUCCCUUCGUGAGUGCUGUCAUGCUCUUCACAAAGCUUCACGCCUCUAGGUCGGCCCGUGCAUCUCGGUUCCAUCCUUGCUGUUGGCUUAUGGGGGUGUCUUGGAAGUAAGCAAUGCUCCAUCUGGUUGGGGCGUGUCUUCCAGCGGUCCAAUGAGCACAGAGGCUUACAUCUAUCUCGGCUUCUUCUUCGUUCUUUACCCGUUUGCCGUGUCUAGAAGGUCUGAUGUGGAGGCCGGCGACAUAAGUACAUCUCGAGAAUAUAGUCCACUUCAUGGAAUAAUACAAGCAACCUACAAAGACAGCACACGAGUCAGUCCAUGGAAGAUUGAACUGGCUUCUUCGCUUGAUUGAUGUCGGUGGCGCCAUCAAAAACCUCGGUUGCUGGCACACGCGAACAACACGUGCCUGAGAGUAUAAAAGCCCCAGUGCGGUUGAGCGGAACAUCUUCGCGCUACCCCCAUCUUCCUCUUCUUAUUAUGUCUCGUCGCACCAGUGAUGGCCUUCGCGGCCUGCAACGUUUUGAGGAGUUCUACUUGCCUGGCGGCGACCUUUACUGUCUUGUCCAGAACAGGAUGUUCCGAGUGCACCGAUACUUCUUCGAGCGGGAAUCCAAGUACUUUGAGAAGGAACUGGCGACCCCCGUUGCUCCUGGCGCGCAACGGCUUGGUUCGACCGACGACAGCGCCAUUGUGCUCAACGAUGUGCGCAGCGACCAGUUCGCAAAGUUGCUCUGGGUGUUCUAUAAUCCCAAAUAUUCAUUGUACGAAGCAAGCGUCGACGAUUGGGCUGGCAUCCUCGAACUUGCUUUCCGAUGGCAGUUCGGUGAGGUCAAGAAGCUCGCCAUUCGAGAACUCGAGAAGCUGGAGAUGGCCGACAUUGACCGAAUUGUGCUCUACCGCAAAUUCCAGGUCGACGAGUCGUUGUUGAUCAUGAACUACGUGGCCUUGGCCCAGCGGACCGAGUUGAUCACGCUGGAGGAAGGCCAGCGCCUAGGAAUGGAGGUCGUGAUCGCUCUGUCACGUGCUCGUGAAUGUCUGCGCAACACAGCUUGCAGCGGAUCGCAGAGUCCUUCCCCGUCAACUGUGACCGAGAAUGAUGUCCGGGAAGCCGUACUCCAUCAUUUUUCCGUCUCACCCUCGGAGCCCACAGAGUCCACCAAGACGCCCGCGAACACCUCAACCCCGAACAACUCAGUCACACCCAUCCCCCAGCGUCCAGCCACCCCCGCCAAGAUUAACGGCGCAGCUGGUGGAGCCACGAAUGGGCUCACCAAUGGCACCGCUCACGCCAGCGGUACCGCCAACGGCACCGCCAGUAGCACCGCUAUCGGUACCACCAACGGUACUACCAACGGCACCAACGGUACCACCAACGGCAGUGCCAACGGCAGUUCCAACGGCAGUGCCAAUGGUAGUACCACCGGACCCGCCAAUGCCGCCAACGGCACCACCAAUGGACCUACUAGCCUCGUCAACGGUACCACCAACGCCACCAUCAAUCCCAAUAGCGCCGCGACUGGUCCCGCCACCGACACCGCCUCCAGUACAGCCACCAAGCCCGACCCCCCUCCGAAGCUCGACACCAAGCUCGACGGAAAAGCGACCGGGCAGGCCAAGCCUGAAGGUGCCGAAAAACCAGAUAGUACAGCAGCCAAGCCCGACGACAAUGGUCCCGGAGCCGGGAACAAGACACCUGGAGGAGCUGGAGGCAAGUCGAACACCAACGGACCCGGUGGUAAACGAAACAAAGGCUGGGGCAGCAUCGUCUGAAGCCCGUGCAAAUGACCUUCACGACAAGAGAGAUGAUAAAGCGACGAUUCCAGGACCCGACGCAGGCGUUCGUACGAGUAUUUAUGAUGGAGCCACGGACGAAACGAAGAAACGUCUGCCCAAGCCGGCUCAGUUGAAAGUCAAGGUUUCUCCCAGUCCUUCCCCCGCUUCGAAGCAGCCCAGCGCUGCCAGUAAUGGGGUGUUGGAUUGGUUCUUGGGCUCGGCGUAAAACCGUUUGGGGGAUCGUAUAUAAGAUAUGUAUUGCAGAGAUGACAGGAAU